CAUUCCGUUCCGUUCUAUUUCUCCAUGUACCGCCAUCAGGUGAAAUUUCGAAGGUGCAGUCAAUGUUCACUGUCUAGCACAGUGUCUUUCACGGUUGUUCUGCAUUGUACCACUGACAAUGUACGAACACGCAACUCCCUGAACCGAGAGGCGAACACCUUGUUCACAUAUCCAUUGCCAGCCGCUUCUCACCACUGCUGCUGACAGUGUACGUAUGUAGGUGAUGGUGAUGACGAUGAUGGUGAUUAUUGAUUAUUAUUGAUGCCACUGCCACUGUUGCUGCUGAAUUGACGCUGUUGAUGCUAGAAUCGUUGUCGUUUUAAGCACAGCCAUCUGGUUGUCGUAUAUAUAUAUUCCCAGUUUGUUUGUUUGCCGUCAAUGUUGUUGAUGUGGCAAUGUUUAGUUUAACCACAGACGAAGUCGAGGAUUCGGAAUCUGGUGAUUUCUUGGGCUACCGCAGACAAGGUUCUCCUUCUCUCCGAUCUCAAUGUACCUGCUGCCGUGUGAAAGUUCACUGCAGUUCCAGUCCUUGGAUGCACUAUAAUGAACCUGAAGAUGAAGCAAAUCGCUGUUGGAAAAGAGCAGAGAGUGUUCCAGAUAUUGACGAGACUAAAUCUACCCCUGACAUUGAUCUGUCUCCAAUGUUUGAAAGAAUCUCCAUAGUCAACAAAUGUGGAGUUCAAGGAAAACAUUUCAGUGGUAUCCCACUGAAAGACCUCGAAGAAGCUUCCAAGAACUUAGUCAAGGCGCUUACUAUUCGAGAGAAGUACAUGAUGCUCUCUCAGCAGAGUUUCCCCCAAAUCAUCAACAGAUGUCUGCAGAGUGUGAUUGACAAGAAUGAUUUCCACAUGAUUUCUGAUGGUUGUGCUGCUUGUGAAAAGAAAACAAUCAAAGAUCACCCGAUUGAUGCACCGAGAACUGACGGAGAUCCAUUUGAUUGUAUACUGCCAAAUAGUGUGAAUUGUGAGUUCAAAAUGGUGAAUGGUGUGAUGAAAGUGUACCUCGAUAAAGCAUCCAUGGAUCAAGACAAGCCAUUUGAUUGGACAUACCCAGACUGUGCCACUUUCCUAAAUGAUCAGAAUAUCAUGUAUACACUUAUCAGUGAUGGACCAUUGAAAUCAUUCUCUUACCAGCGCCUGAGUUAUCUAUCAUACAAGUACCAGUUACAUGUUUUGUUGAAUGAGAUAAAGGAAUCAGCUGCCCAGAAAGAAGUGCCCCACCGUGAUUUCUACAACAUCAGAAAGGUGGAUACACACAUCCAUGCAUCCUCGUGCAUGAAUCAGAAACAUCUACUGAGGUUCAUCAAAAAGCAAAUGAAAGUUAAUCCCAGUGAAAUUGUCUCCUGUGGCAAGGAUGGCAAAAUGAUGAAGCUGAAAGAGGUUAUACAAUUGGUGUUUGAUAGUCUUGGAAUCAAUACAUAUGAGCUCAAUGUGGACAUGCUUGAUGUUCAUGCAGAUCGAAACACUUUCCAUCGAUUUGACAAAUUCAAUGCCAAAUACAACCCGAUUGGCCAAAGUGAAUUACGUGAAAUUUUUAUUAAAACUGACAAUCACAUCGGGGGCAAAUACUUUGCAAAUGUGAUAAAGGAAGUGAUGAGUGAUUUGGAGGAGAGCAAAUAUCAAAAUGCCGAAUGCCGUUUGUCUAUAUAUGGCCGUUCUAAACAAGAAUGGGAGAAACUAGCCAAAUGGGCUGUGGUCAACCAAGUCCAUUCAGAUAAUGUUCGUUGGUUAAUCCAAAUUCCAAGAUUAUAUGAUGUGUAUCGUUCCAACAAGUUAGUGAGCAACUUCCAACAGAUCUUAGAGAAUAUCUUCGAGCCAUUGUUUGCUGCUACAAAUGAUCCUAAGAGUUAUCCUCAGUUACAUGCUUUUCUUCAGUAUGUUUCAGGUUUUGAUUCUGUGGAUGAUGAAUCGAAAUCUGAGCAUGUGGUAUUUGAUGCUGACAGUCCCUUUCCACGCAACUGGACCAAUGAUGAGAACCCACCAUAUAAUUACUAUUUGUACUAUAUGUUUGCUAACAUGACCGUCCUCAAUCAAUUCCGCAGAGAACGUGGUUUCAAUACAUUUGUCCUUCGGCCUCAUUGUGGAGAAGCUGGCAAUGUGACUCACUUGGUGGCUGGUUAUAUGCUCAGUGAAAGCAUUGCUCAUGGACUGGUCCUCAGAAAGGUUCCAGUUCUUCAGUACCUCUACUACCUGGCUCAGAUUGGCAUUGCCAUGUCACCACUCAGCAACAAUUCACUUUUCUUGAAUUACCACAGAAAUCCUUUGCCGGAAUAUUUUGCCCGAGGACUUAAUGUUUCUAUUUCAACAGAUGACCCUCUCCAGUUCCACUUCACAAAGGAACCUCUGAUGGAAGAGUACAGUAUUGCCACCCAGGUGUGGAAGUUAAGCACUUGUGAUAUGUGUGAGAUUGCCCGCAACAGUGUUCUACAGAGUGGAUUCCCUCAUGAGGUCAAACAGCAUUGGUUAGGCCCUAAUUACACACGUGAAGGAGUUCCAGGGAAUGAUGUGAGUCGUACCAAUGUUCCAGACAUUCGAGUGGCGUACCGCUAUGAGACGCUGGUGGAAGAGUUGCAGUAUAUCUGCCGUGGACUGCAAGCUGGUAGCCCAGACAGCAACACAAGCGACAUUAGAAAAAUACAUAAACAAGCCCUUCCUCAUUUCCAUACAAAUGAUUUCACUUGCUAUUAACGUAUCCAGUAUUAAGUAGAGAUUAUGUAAUGUUUAUGUACACACAUACACACACACACACACACACACACACGUGAGUGAAUGUGCGUUUUAGUGUUGUG